CGUACAGUAUACCUACGCUACGUGAGAACAGUGGCGAGAGUGAGGAGUAAAUGUAUUGUCCAGCCAUGACUCUCAUCAUCUGACGGAGCCUUCCAUAGUUCCAUGUGCCGAAAACGCAGUCUUUUUCCGGCGAAAACAAUACUGUUAAUUGCGCCGGUCGCCGGACAGAGACAGGUGCCAUGCAGGGCAUCGCCGUCAGGCGCUGUAUCGGAGACGGAGCCGCCCCUUCCUUCUCCUUCCCCGGCCGGGAGGCCAACACCAUAUAAACACGUCAAGGUAUUCAGCCCCGAGCGGAGAAGCACACAACAGCGCAUAGCAGCUCCGCUUCGCAAGCAAGAACAUCUCGACCGAUCGACGACUCUAAUCGGAUGCCGAUUCGAUCUUCAGCUCUCGGGCUAUCUACCUAGCUAGCAUCUCCUCUGAUAGUCUGAUGAGCGCACCUCGCAAGCAAGAACACCUCUAUCAAUCGAUACGUGUGUGGGGCUGGGCAUGGAGGUGGAGGCGGUCGGCUGCGAGUGCUGCGGCCUGGAGGAGGAGUGCACGGGCGAGUACAUCGGCGGCGUUCGGGCCUACUUCGGGGGGAGGUGGCUGUGCGGCCUGUGCUCGGAGGCCGUCAAGUACGAGGCCGGCAAGUGCGCGCGGGGCGCCGCGGCGCCCGACGUGGAGGACGCCGUGCGCGCGCACAUGGGCAUCUGCCGGACGCUCAAGGGCCGCGGCGGGCCCGCGGGGCGCGUCGCCGAGGGCAUGCGCCAGAUGCUGCGCACCGCGUCCUGGAAGAAGCAGGCCGCGUCGUCGUCCGCCGGCGCCGCGUCGCCGAGGGCCCCGCCGCCGCCGGGCCACGGCCACCACCGCGCCUCGCCGGUGUCCGUCGUCGGGCUCUGAAUUGAUACGGUGGUGAUCGCUGCAUGCGCUCGGGCUCUCUUUGGCUGAGGUUUGCGCCUGGGCUUCGCGUUCCUUUCGUCUCCUAGUCCUCGAUCGACAGCUUGCUACGCGCCCAAGCUCUAGCUAGGGCACUGGUAAUAUACCUGCGUUCAUGCAUGAGCAUGACGACUACGACUACGCAGCUUCUAUAUAUGUAAGUCUAGCUUAUUUUUGGUCCAAGUGUGUACAUAUAUGUAAGGAUCGGAUCGGACCAGUCAAGAAGCCUUCGAUAUGAAGGCUUAGUUUGAUCGAUCGAGAAAUCAAAAAGGCGCGUCAAUUAAUGCAUCGGAUAUAACAAACGAGCUGGUGGUUUUCUUGGUUUCGUAUA